AUGUCGGUUAUUUUUGGAAUCCACACCCAAAUUACCCUGGAAAAAUUGGCCUACUUUGAAAGAGACUAUACUUUCUUGACUCACAAAAAACUUGUGAGUGAAACAACAACUCAUUAUGUUGGACAAUCUAUUAAACAACUUUACGUGCUUAUUUUGGGUCUUGAUGUUUUGGGUAACCCCUAUGGACUUGUUCUGGGUAUUACCAAGGGCGUGGAGGAUCUUUUCUACGAACCCUUCCAAGGAGCCAUUCAGGGUCCAGGUGAAUUCGCUGAAGGUCUUGUGCUAGGUGUGCGCAGUUUGCUGGGACACACUGUUGGUGGCGCCGCCGGGGCUGUUUCAAGAAUUACAGGGGCAAUGGGUAAGGGUCUUGCGGCACUCACGUUUGACAAAGAUUAUCAAAGAAAACGACGUGAACAAAUCAAUAAGAAAUCCACAUCCGCGCAAGAACAUUUGGCCAGAGGUGGAAAGGGCCUAGUAAUGGGUGUAUUUGAUGGUGUCACCGGAGUUUUUACCAAACCAGUAACAGGCGCAAAAGAAGAGGGUGUUGAAGGAUUCUUUAAAGGACUGGGUAAAGGUGCUAUUGGUUUGGUAGCCAGGCCCACUGCUGGUAUAGUGGAUUUUGCAAGUACAUCCUUUGAUGUAGUAAAAAGGGCUACUGAUUCUCUAGACGAAGUGAAACGAUUGCGUUACCCAAGAUUCAUUGAACAAAACGGUCUCGUCAAACCCUACAACAAUAGAGACGCAAAGGGUCAAAAAUUACUAUCUGAGUUGGAAAAAGGAAAAUAUCAGUUAACUGACGUGUUUAUCUACUUCCAAGAAAUAUCCAAAAAGGAAGUGGUUAUGCUAACUGACAAACGUCUUGCAUAUAUUAAUUAUAAUGAUGUUUUUGCACAGUGGCAGAUCGAUUGGUCUUACACUUGGCAAGAACUGACUACCCCAGCCAAAGUUAUUCCUAAGGGAGUAUCCAUAACUACCUCAAGUGGCAAAAAGAAGCUCUUUAAGUCGAACGAUGCGAUGGUAAGAACUAUCCACCUAACAGACCCGCGUUUGCAAGAGGAACUAGUUACCCAAAUUGAAGCUCUUAGAGGAGCCGCCUAGACAGGUUUUUACACUUUUUCGGUAACAAAAUUAAUUAUUCAAAUUUCUUAGACUUAGGUUUUCGUUUUUAUGCACAAACUACUAGUCACGUAUGAAGAUAUUUUUUUUGUUACUAUUUUAGGAUUUUGUAUACUUGUUAUUUUAUUUUAUUUUUGUGCACUAUUUUUAUUUUCUAUAUUUGCAUACCCAUAGGCUUGUGACUUUUAUACUGUUUUUACAGCGCAAAUAAAUUUUUGCAAAUUUACAUACCUACAUUUUGGAUGUUAUGUUAUUAAUUUUAUGGAUUUUAUACAAGUUUUUACUGUGCAAAUAAAUAUUUUAAACUUACUUACAUUUUGAAUGUUAUUUCUUAAGAAUAUUAGGACAAAAAAAUCAAUAUUUUAGCCUAAUAUAUAAAUAAAGCUC